AUGGAGCAUGCGACGACUGACAAGCGUUGCGCUGGGUGUCUGCAGGGCGCAUCGGCCGGCUCCAGGGCGUCGUGGGAGCCUGGAGUGCCGGGACUGCGCCGCUCCAGUAGCAGCGAGCUGGAGCCUUCCAGCAGCGAGCUGUCCGCCGACACGGUCAUCCACCUGGGCGCCCGCGCCCUCCACGCCACGGUGGACGGACCACGCAGCGAGGCGGCGCUGGAGCGCCAGAAGCGGCUGAUGGUCACCCAGUGGCUGGCGUCGCAGCUGCCGACACCACCACCACCACCACCAACAACAACAACAACGCAGCCCCCCAGGCCGGAAGCUGACGGCGCCGCCGACCUCCACAGCGGCCACAGUGGUGCUCCAGCGGGUGAUUCCUACAGUGAGUGUGUACCUUACCAGCGAAUGGACCCUGCUUCACCUCAGCAACUCGGGCCUCGCAGCGACAACUAUAGUGGCGGCGGUGGCAGCAUAGCUGCAGCGGACGUCGACGAAGCGGCGUCCUGCCGCCGGGUGGGAGGCGUUGAGGGUGCGGAAGGUGUGGCAGGUGUGUACGCUUGGCAGUGGCUGCCGGGGCGCACGCAGCCGCCGCUCGCCGUCGCCGCCGACGACAUCAAGCUCGAGCUGUCGUUCGAGGUGGAGCUGCAGCUUUCCGGCCAUCAGCGGCUGUCUGGCGAAGGUUGGGAGGGGGAGGGGGAGGGGCAGGAGACGCCGUCCCACCCCAGCCGGCCGCGCCUGGUCGCCUGCAGGGACGCCUGUGUCCAGGUUACAGAAGAAGGGAUAGCACAGUACAUGGGCGAGGGAGAAUUGGACCACCCUCUGAGGGUACUCAGCCAGGAAAACAUGACUGUUGUCUCCUCAUUCGCUGACUCGGCGUCUGGCAGCUACUCGCUGGACGGGAUGCGAGUGCAGCGGCGCCGCUGGGCCUGGGGGUGGGAGUCGCCGCCCCCGCCUCCCCCGCUCUGCAGGUCACAGUCCGCCUCUGCCGCCGACGUCCAACUCGCGCAGCGGCGGCCCUCGGCUGCCGGCCGCGCCAGCGAUGACGCAGACGUCGACGACUGGGAGGGUAGCCUCGCCAGCGAGCCGCCGCCAACCACAGGUCAGCCGCAGGAAGCGCAGGCCACAGUGUAGCUCACUACCAGUUGGGCUGCUCCGCGUGUACGCAGAAAUGUAGCAAUGUGCCCACAGUUUAUGCAAAUGGAAACAGCAAAAUGGAUGCGUAACGAGUGUUUCAGUUUACAGCAGAGUUGUGACUUUCUCAAAUUUCGUUAUUAGCUGCUUGGGCCUCAACCAACUGUGAAUCGUAGCGUCCAUCGUCGAGAAGAGUAUGCGCGUGACGAAAAUGUGGAUACGAGUCUAGCGUACACUGUGUCUGACGUGCUCUAGCGCCGGGGUGCACAGACAGACCGCUACAUGCCACCGACGUGAUGACAGUCCGCUCUUCACCGUUCUUUCAUUGCAACUUCUU